AUGCGGUAGGUGUUGAGCAGGUAGUGCACGAAAGUUUGUCUCUUACGGAACGAUGUAGGGCAAGACGACGACGACAGAAAGAUGUUUAUAUUACGCCAAUUUCACUCGCAGAAUAGGAGGUGAGUACUGAUCAUAUUCGUCCAGUCUGUUGGCACCAUCGAUUGCACGUGCAGUAUGAUGAUUUUCAGAUGGCAGCGUAUCCCUUUCUGACGCACUGCAGACGUCGACGAGGGGAGCACAGUAACAGACUUCCUCCCGGCGGAGCGAGCAAGAGGCAUUACCAUCCAGUCAGCUGCUAUCUCAUUCUCCUGGCCCCCCACUGUCGACAACAAGCAACCCAAAGUCACACCUGGAGCUCCGAGAUCGUCGACACCUCACAACAUCAAUUUGAUCGAUACUCCUGGGCACGCCGAUUUCACGUUUGAAGUCCUACGAUCAUUACGAGUCCUGGAUGGUGCUGUGUGCAUUCUGGAUGGCGUCGCUGGGGUUGAGGCGCAGACGGAAAAAGUCUGGAGCCAAGCAUCUGCAUACGCUAUCCCCAAAAUUGUCUAUGUGAACAAGCUGGACCGCGACGGAGCCGCAUUCGGACGGACUGUGAAGGAAGUCGGCGCUCGUCUUGGGGCUUGGCCCGCGGUGUGCGGCAUUCCCUGGUGGACUUCCGAUGGCCGGUUACAAGGUGUCGGUGAUGUGGUGGGGCUGCGAGGUCUCCGCUAUGCUGAAGGGAGCGACGGCAGGGAGGUCAAAUUCUUCGAUCUCGAGAAGCUUGAAUCUGAGGAUUCGAGUCUAGCGGACGAGUUGAAGAAAGCCCGUGUUGCUCUUGUCGAAAGGCUUGCUGAGCACGACGACGAGAUGGUGGAAAAGUAUCUGGAAGCAGACGAGGACCAUCUCGCUGUUUCAUCGCGCGAUCUUACCGAGUCGCUGAGAAGAUGUGUUCUACAGCAUCCCCAGCCUAUCGCUCCCAUCUAUGCAGGUGCCAGCUUCCGCAACGUUGGUGUACAACCUCUCUUAGACGCUGUGGUGGAUCUAUUAACUUCGCCAGAAGAACGACCAGAUCCUGAGGUCAGUCUGGGCUCGAACACGAGGGGUGGGCUGAGUGCGUUUCUAUCCGGGAAACUAGUCGCAGAGGCAAUACCCGAGGUCAAAGGCACUGGACGAGCUGUGAGCAAGAACCAAGCAACUUUGUCCGUACAAAAGCUCGAAGCAUGUGCGUUGGCCUUCAAGGUCGUAGCAGACGCUAAAAGAGGCGUGCUGGUGUACGUCAGGGUGUACUCGGGCUCCGUAAAUCGCAAUGCUUUGCUUUGGAAUACGACGCUACAGAACUCGGAACGAGCACAGAGGUUGAUGAAAAUGUACGCCAACGACGCGAUCGAUAUUGAUUCGAUUCCUGCCGGUCAGAUCGGCGUGAUACCAGGGCUCAAGUUUACUCGAACUGGAGAUACCUUGAUCUGCUACGCCGGCGCAAAUCCGAAGAGCGGACCGCCGCGGCCGGUAAACACAUUGCAGCUCAGGCCGAUUGAUGUACCGCCGCCGGUCUUCUUUGUCAGUGUGGAGCCGAACAGCUUAUCGGAGGAGAAGCACAUCAAGGAAUGUCUUGAGCUUCUUCUCAGAGAGGACCCAAGCUUGCAUGUGUCUCUUGACGAGGAGAGUGGACAGACACAUCUCGCUGGUAUGGGAGAAUUGCAUCUCGAGAUCGCAAGAGAUCGACUAGUAAGCGACCUAAAGGCGAGAGCCAGAAUUGGCAACAUCGAAAUAGGGUACCGGGAAGCGAUCACGACCUCCAGCGACGAGAUCACGGAGACUUUUGAUCGAGAAGUUGGAGGUAAGAGCUCGAAGGCUUCUUGCACAGCCUCUGUUGUACCUGCAAGUGAAGAGGGAACUGCCGGCAAGAGUCUUCAUUCAUUCGAACUGCACGACAACAACCACCUCACGGUGACAACACCUACGCUAUAUGAGGAUGGAUCCCCAAUCGAUCCCGAAAAACCAGGCUUGCCAGAAAGCCUUCCGCUGCAAGCCAUCCUGCAGGCUUUACAAAAUGGAGUUUCCGCGGCUCUCGCACGGGGGCCCACGCACGGGUACCCAAUUCAUUCAGCCAAGAUCCACAUCACAUUCGAUCCAUCCAAGCACCUCUUUCCAACCACUACAGCUGCAGCCCUGUCCUCUGCAGCUAGGUUUGCCGUCCAACGUGCCCUCAAAGAGAGCUCCAAUGCUGGCGAGUCCGUCCUGAUGGAACCCGUGAUGCUUGUCACCAUAAGCGUGGGCGAGGAGAGUCUCGGAUCCGUUGUCCACGAUAUCUCCUCCGCGCGUGGCGGGAACGUUGUCUCGCUCGGCUCAGAUGAACCUCAAGACGACUCUUCAGCCCGCGAUAUUGACGUGACUAAGAUUUAUGCUCCGCCAGAUCCCUAUGCUGGCGGGCAUGUGUCCUCCGACGCUGGAUUGGGAAGUGGUGCGAAUGGAAUGAGACAGAUCGUCGCGAAGGUUCCGUUGAAGGAGAUGGUUGGAUAUCUCAAGCAUUUGCGGUCCCUCACCGGCGGUCGAGGAACGUUUACGAUGGUAGUUGAUCGAUUUGAGAAGAUGAGUGGACAGCGACAGAGAGCUGUUCUGAACGAGAUGAGAGGUGAUUCCGGUUGA